AUGGAGACCAGGACCGGAGAAGAGCAGAGGUCUGAGGAAUCUCAGUACGAGUUGACAAAGUGGUCACAGACCUCGCGUCUGGCCGGGUCCAAUAGCACCUACCAGUUCAGUGGGAAGUCCUCCUUGCCGUCCUCUGUCUCCCUCUCCGAGGGCUUACACUACAGCUUCGCGGCUCGGUCCCGCAGAGUCCGGUCGCUGGCGGUGCCGCCGCACCCGGAGCCACAGCCGCUGCGUCUGCGCCCUUCCUCGCUGCGCAGCCAAGACAUCUCGCACUUGCUCACCCGCGUCUUCCGCAACUUGUACUCGGUGGAAGUGAUCGGAGAGGACCUGAGCGCCAGUUUGAUCCAGGCCCGCGGCAGCGAGAAUGCGCGCCAUGAGGAGUUCGUGGACCAGCUGCAGCAGAUUCGGGAGCUCUAUAAGCAGCGCCUGGAUGAGGUUGAGAUGUUGGAGAGACAUAUUAUUCAGGCUGGCGCCCGGGCCCUUGCUGAAACAGAGCGAGCCUCCAACCAGGCCCAAACAAAUGUGCUGGAGACCCCCAUCAAGUUGCCUCCAGUGAAGACCGUCUUCAGCUGGUGUGUGGACAGUGAAUUGCUACAGAAGCAUCAUUUGAUCUGCCCAGAAGAUUACUACAGUGAUACAGUGCCAUUUUGCUCUGCACCCAAAGGUGCCUUCCACCCUGGAUGUUCAAAACUGACCUUCAGUUGUGAGAAGCAUUCCAUCCCAAAGGCAGACAAGAUGCUUCCAGUGUCCUGCAGGGAGAAGCGUCCUGCAUUUGCAGAUGAGUUAGACUAUACUGUGGACAGCUUGACAUGGGACUCAACUCCUGAGGCUAAACAGAGGACCAAAGAAACCACCAAGAAAGCAAGUCCACCGAAGAAUAAAAAAUGGAUGAACCACUUACGAGUGCCACAGAGAGAACUGGAGCGACUUCAGCUUGCUAGAAUGGAGAGUCGCAACCACUUCCUAAAAAACCCCCGUUUUUUUCCUCCUAACACUGUACAUGGAGGCAGGUCUCUUAUUUUUCCUCCAAAGAAGCCAAUGCUGACAGGAAAAUUUCCAAAUGAAGAGCCAGAACAGAGUUGUGCAAAUACUCCAGUGUUCCUGGCCAAGCCAUCAAUUGUGUUUUUCACAGAUUAUGAAGUUGGACCAGUUUAUGAGAUGGUGAUCACACUACAGAAUAUCACUGCAACUAGCCGCUACCUGCGAGUCCUCCCGCCUUCUACUCCACACUUUGCUCUGGGGUUAGGGAUGUUCCCAGGAAGUGGAGGCAUGGUGGCUCCUGGAAUGACCUGCCAAUACUCUGUCCAGUUUAUUCCUGACUGUCUUGGGGAUUUUGAUGACUUUGUUUUAGUCGAGACCCAGUCAGCGCACAAGCUGCUGAUCCCCCUGCAGGCCCGGAGGCCGCCCCCUGUGCUGACCUUGUCACCGAUGUUGGACUGUGGUUACUGCCUCAUUGGGGGAAUAAAGAUGAUGAAAUUCAUCUGCAGAAAUGUGGGCUUCAGCACUGGCAAAUUCCACAUUAUGCCCAAAGAGAGAUGGCCGCCAAUAAGUUUCACAGCUAUUGCAAGCACUGGCUUUGUUGGACAGCCUCCUUUUGCAGUCAUGCCUUCAGUGUUUGAGCUGGCUCCUGGGUUUUCCGUAUUACUGGAGGUUUUUUUCUUACCAACGAACCUGGGAAAGGCAGAGCAGACCUUCAUCAUCGUGUGUGACAACUGCCAGAUAAAGGAACUGGUGAUUGUAGGAACUGGGCAGCUCGUUGCUUUGGAUCUGAUCUAUAUUUCUGGUGAAAAAAGUCAACCAGACCCUGGAGAGCUCACAGACUUAACAGCUCAGUACUUUAUACGAUUUGAGCCUGAAAACCUUCAGUCUACAACAGAGAAACAGCUGAUUAUAAGAAAUGCUACGCACGUGGAGCUGGCCUUCCAUUGGCAGAUCAUGAGGCCCAACCUGCAGCCUCUAAUGCCUGGAGAAACCUACAGCAUGGACAGCAUCAAGUACCACCCCGAUGGGGAGACGGCCUUUUCCAUCAGACCUGCAAAGGGGGUUCUCAGCCCCCACACAGACCAUGAGUUCAUCCUGAGCUUUUCUCCUUAUGAGCUGAGGAAUUUCCACAGUGUGCUACAGAUGGUGCUGGAAGAGGUCCCCGAGCCCCUGAGCGCAGAGGUAAAGAACCCAGAGGAUUGCUCAUACUUUGUGGAUGAUGUGAUUGUCUUGGAAAUCGAGGUGAAAGGCUCAGCAGAGCCCUUCCGGGUUCUCUUAGAACCAUAUGCCCUCAUCAUCCCAGGGGAGAACUAUAUUGGUGUCAAUGUGAAGAAAGAUUUUAAGAUGUGGAACAAGAGCAAGUCACCCAUCAAAUACAUGUGGGGGAAGAUCAGCGACUGUCACAUCAUUGAAGUGGAGCCCUGCACAGGGGUCAUAGAGCCCAGUGAGGUUGGGAACUUUGAGCUGAACUUUACCGGGGGUGUCCCUGGCCCAGUCAGCCAGGACCUGCUGUGUGAAGUCAGAGACUCGCCCUCGCCCGUGGUGUUACACAUCGAGGCAGCCUUUAAGGGGCCUGCUCUUGUCAUCAAUGUCUCAGCCCUUCAGUUCGGUCUGCUCCGCCUGGGGCAGAAAGCCAGUAACUCCAUCCUUAUCCAAAACAUCAGCCAGCUCCCGGCCGUGUGGCACCUGAGGGAGAGCCCAGCCUGCCUGGAAGAAAGACAUGAGAGUGUAUCAUCCUUUGAUAUUGACCCUUCGAGUGGCCAGCUUCACCCUCUAGGGGAGUGCAGUGUGACUGUCACCUUGGAGGCCUUGCACUGCCAGAGUCUGCAGACUGUACUGGAACUGGAGGUGGAAAAUGGGGACUGGAGCUACCUGGCCAUGUAUGCUGAGAUACAGGAGCCGCAUGUGUACCUGCAGAGCAGCCAGCUGGAGCUCAGCAGCCUCUACCCGGAUGUGCCCACGAAGUCCACCGUCACGCUCGCCAACAGCACACUCCUCCCCACCCGGUUCCACUGGGGCAAUCUCCUGGGGAACCAAGCAGCUUUCUGCACAGUGACAGUCUCCCCUAGACGUGGCCUGCUGGGUCCUAGUGAAGAGCGCCAGCUCAUCUUGGAGUUCACCGCUCAUACUCAGGACGAGCUGACCGAUCUGGCCCUCCCUUGUCACGUGUCAGGCAUGAAGAAGCCACUGGCCCUGGGCAUCUCUGGGAAGCCUCGGGGACUGCAAGUGACCAUUGCCAUCUCUGAGAAGGGUUCUGAUGGCAGUGUUUGCAGCACAAAGCUGUGGCCAGGCCACCCAGAGAAGCUCCAUCUGGAUUUUGGCUCAAUGGUGCCACUGAGGACCUGUGUGAAUCGCCAGCUCAUCCUGACUAAUCUCUCACCAAUAAAGACCCCUUUCGCCCUCAAGUUUGAGUACUUUGGGAGCCCCCAGGACAGCCUGAGCAAAAGGACAAGCUUGUCUGACUUGCCUCCUGCCCUGCUAAAGACAGCACGGAUGCAAGAGCACUUGGCCAAGCGAGAGCAGCUAGAUUUUAUGGAAAACAUGUUGUCUCAUGGGAAAGGAGCUGCUUUCUUCUCCCAUAUUUCCCAGGGCAUGCUGAGGGCCUACCAGAAGCUGAGCAUUGAAAUCACAGGUUGUGCCAACAUGUGGGGCGAGUACUGGGACAACCUAAUCUGUACGGUAGGAAACCUGCCACCAACAACCAUACCAGUGCACAUGGCAGCAGUGGGCUGCCCCAUCAGCUCCCUGAGGCCCACCUACUACACCACUGACUGCUUUCAGAAGGAGCCUAUCAUCAGGUUGGGUACCCAUAUCUCUGGAGGAGACACAAUCAGCCGGACUCUUUGCCUGUAUAACUCCAGCCCCUGUGACAUCCGUCUGGACUGGGAGACAUACAUGCCAGAAGACAGGGAGGACAAGCUGGUGGAGCUGCUGGUGUUUUAUGGACCACCUUUCCCACUGAGGGACCAAGCCGGGAAUGAGCUCUUGAGCCCCGAGAUGUCCAAGCACAACUUCCUCGGGCCCCUGUGCCCCUCCAGUGUAUCAGAGUCCAGCCGUGCAGCUACCCCAUUGGUUAAGGACCAUUCCAAUGCCAGUGACAGGGCCGCAGAGCACAUCAUCUCAGUCAUCCUGCAGGAGCAUGAGGGGGUGCCUGCCAACCACCUGUUCAGUGUCAACCCCAAGCAGAUGGUAGUCCCUGCUGGGGGCAGCAGCACCAUCUACAUCUCCUUCACACCCAUUGUGCUUGGCCCUGAGACUCUACACAAGGUGGCAUGUACUGGCUAUGCCCUGGGCUUCAUGAGCUUGGAUAACAAGGAGGAAAGAGAUAUUCCAGGGAGGAGCCAUCGGCUGCAGGACUUUGCUGUGGGACCCCUGCGACUGGACCUGCAUAGUUAUGUGAGGCAUGCGAAGCUGAGUGUGGAGCUGGAUGACAGCGGCAGCAUGGAGUUCUGGUGUCGGGCCAGUGACCUUAUCCCUGACCAGCCCUGCUCUGGGGUGCUUAGUGAACUGCUGACCACCCGACACCUGAAGCUGAUCAACACCACAGAAAUCCCACAGUGCUUCCGGCUCUUGGUCUCCAGGCCCUUCUUGAUUUCUCAAGAUGCAUUUACCUGGGACCACAGACCUGGCUCUGGACAGGAGCAGGAAGGUGAAGAGGAGACAGCCUCAGUGAGCAAGCAGCUGGUACUGGACCCACAGGAGAACAUGCUGGUGAACGUGUCCUUCUCACUCUCCCUGGAGCUGCUCUCCUAUCAGAAGCUCCCAGCUGACCAGAUGCUGCCCAGGGUGAACAUUCAGCAGAGCUUGAGUGGAGAUAAGAAGAUGGUGUUCACUCAGGAUCUGCUUGUGGAGUUCACCAACCAGACCACUCAGGUGGUGCCCUUGCAGGCCAUCGUGGCUGUGCCUGAGCUGCAGCUCUCUACCAGCUGGGUGGACUUUGGGACCUGCUUUGUGAACCAGCAGCGGGCCCAGAAGGUCAACCUGCUGAACCUGAGUGGCUGCCAGAGCUACUGGACCGUGCUGAUGGCACAGCAGGAGACGGACAAGAAGGCAAAGGCCUUUGGGGUCUCCCCAAGCAGUGGGCUGCUGAAAGCCCGACCCACCAAUGCUCCUCCAACCUCCAUCACCCUGAAAGUGUUCUUCACUCCCAGGAGCACCGAGCUGUACGAGUCCACACUGGUGGUAGAAGGCAUGCUUGGUGAGAAGGCCUGCACCCUGAGGCUGUGGGGCCAAGGCUCUUAUGAUGAGAGAUACGCAGCACCUCACUAGCCCUGAGGCUCUGCUCACCCCUCAGCCCCAGUUAACACAAAGGAGAGUCCUCACCACCACGAAGACUGUGGCAGUUAAGAAUCACUACUCAGAG